GGGGCGGUGGCGGCUCCGGGGGGGCAGAGCCGCGGCCGGCAGAGGACGGAGGGGGGCGGGCGGAGGGGGCCGGACAGCCCCGUCCCGCCCCGGGGCCGCCCCCGGCCGCCCGGUGAGAGCCCGGGCGGGGAGGUGCAGCCCGCGCCGCCGGCCAUGGCGUACCGGGAGCUGGUGAGGCGCUGGCACCAGGGCGUGCUGGCGGCCGACGGCGGGGACUGGGAGGCCGCCCUGGACAUCUUCUCCGGCAUCCCGGAGCCGCCGGCCAGGAUCUGUUUCAACAUGGGCUGCGUGCAGCUGCUGGCGGGGCGGCCCGCGGAGGCCCUGCGGGCAUUUGAUAAAACCAUUGCAAAGGACAGCUCCCUAGCCGUCGGCUUCUUUCAGAGAGGGUUUGUCCAUCUGCAGCUGGAAAGGUACGAAGAAGCUCUCUCUGACUAUCAUAUGGCCUUCAGUCAUCUAAGAAAAAAUCCCUUCAUUGAUUACAAGCAGCUGGGGCUGAGGCACAUACUCUAUGCAUGGGAGGUGCUGUACAGCACUGCAGCAGCGCAGUGCCGGCUGCAGCAGUGGCAGGAGGCCAGAGUCACCCUAGAUCAGGCUGUUGUAUGGAGACCUGAAGGAAGAACAGCAAUCCUGGACCUAGCCCUUGAGCGGGUGCAGGAUUGUCUGUUUUUAGAGCCCAUGCAGGUUCCUCUCGGGGAAUUUUUCAGACCACGAAAGAAGGAAGUUGAACAGCUGGAUUCAAAAGAUUUCCUGGGCAAACCCAAGGUGAUCUCCUCCAUCAUUCCCAAUGAUGAGUAUAUUGGCUUCGAGCCUCUCAGGCCUCAGAAACAGGGCUUUUAUGAACCCAGUGUUGAUACUCUGCGAGACAGUGAGUCAGGCUACUAUCGAGUUUUGUCCCAUUAUUGCCCUGAGGACUCAGAGAAGUUGGCAGUGAAAGCCAGCAGUUUGGUCUUUGUGCUGACGAGAGGAGCGGAUGGCUGGGCUACAGCCAUACAUGAUGGACAGAAGCUGCGGAUACCGAGCUCUCUCCUGGAGCCUGCCUCAAAGAUGGAUAAAUGGAAAAUCAGCAAUGGGAUUCCUCUCCCUCCCGCCCAGGUGCCUCCCAGUAGACUCCAAGUGAAGCAGAAGCCAGAACCUCCUGGGAGAGAAGAUGCCUCUGCAAAUGAUGCUAGUGCCCAAAUGGACUUCAAGCAGAUCCCACUGACCCAUGGAGAAGCUUCAUCCAGCACGGACAGACCUGUUGUGCUGAGAGCGCGUUGUGAGUGCACCGUGGUGGUGAGGGCAGGCGAGGUGCCGUCUCUGCCAGACCUGCGGGCUCUGCUGAGGGAGCGGUUUGGCCAGCAGGCAGAGCGAGGGAAGCUGAGUUACAGGCAUUUGGAUGGCAAAGAACUGGGUGCAGUUUUGGGAGAGGAGGAUCUAGGGAAGAUGUGGCAGCAGCUGACAGAUGGCAGGCUGACACUCUGCUGCCAGGACUCGGACUCCCACUCGGGCAGACCCGUCCUCUACCGGAUGCUGGCUCAGCACUCUUACCUUGUGCAGGGGCCAGGGGACCUGGAGUUCAGCAAGGGAGAUGUGCUGGAUAUCCUCUCUGAAGUGAACGAGGACUGGCUGGAGGGACACUGCAAUGGCAAGACUGGCAUCUUCCCCAAAUGCUUUGCAACCCAGACCAGUUGUGGUGCUACCUUCCUAUAGCGGACAGGAGCCUUUGUCUGCCCAACUGCACUGUCUCCCAGGGGUGGGAGACACCAGUCCCAGCUCAUUUGGGCCACAGCCAGCACAGCCAGGAGCUCUGCUGAACCGGACAAGAGAUGUCCCCCACCCACAGAUCCCAUGGGGUCAGUUCCAGCAGUCUGACAGCAUUUUCUACAGCCUGUUCAUAGACAUGGCAUUUUUACCUCAGUGCUUACACUGCCAAAGAUGUGCCUGUGCAGGGCAGAGAGAAGCGGGAGGGAUCUGGUAUUUGGCUAUGGGAAGUGUCCACGUGGCAACUCAGACCUCAGGGGCUCAGGCUUCUGGGUGGGAAGAGGUUCCUCUGGAUGGAGGUUAUCACCCCCUCUCUUGUUGCUCAAGUUCAGGCUGGGAAGGCUGAGCCUCACUCUAAUGAAGCUAAGGACAGCAGUCUGUGAGCAGGAGGCAGAGCCCAGUUCCCCCGGCCCUUGGGCCACAUAUCCUUAUCUCCACCAGACAGAGAGACACUGUUCUUUUGGAAGGCUUUCAUAACCAGUUUGCAGUGGGGUAUGUGGGAGAACACCUUGGAUUAGGACCACCAUGUAUCAUCUUCCGCAGCAAAUAUGCCAUGGAUCUGCCAGAGCCAAAGGGCUCUGAGCAUUUCUCAGCCCAGAUGCCUUCAGUUCUUUUCGUAAGCUCUUAAGUCCUGCCUGAAUGUUACUGCCUCAUGCUGUGUGGGCAGGGGUCUUGUAGCACAGCAGAGAGGUAGCUGUGGAAAUAGCCCUGCUCAGACCAGCCCUGGGCUUUGGCAGAGCCUUGAAGGGGCUGGGAUGAGGGCUGGCUGGGCAGUGCGGCACUGGGCUGGUGGCUGGAGCUGGGAGGACUGAAAUUACUGUCCGGUCCUGCAGCUGAGCUGGACUGGGCUCUGCUGAUCUACAUAAAACACUCAAGUGCUUGGAGCUGGAACUUGCUAUGCAUUUGGUGUCUGACAAGGCUGAGCUAUGUAACUUGAAUAUAAAAAAAAACCCCGAGCCAAAGUUGGCAGCUCUUAAAUCAACUUCCACUUGUAUUUUUCUGCUGAGAUAUGCCAGUAAAUAUUUUUAAAGACA